CAUCUGAUAUUGCAGGUCGGGCCGCUAAAGAGGAUAAAAUAGGAAAUAAAGAAAAGGCUUUAGAGUUAUAUACAAAAGCUGCAGAGAUUUUCUUGAAGGCUAUUAAAGGCGAUGUCUUAGUAACUAUUUCCACAGGCGACGAUGAAGCUGAUGAUGUCGGUCUCGUUCCAACACAUGCAUACGCAGUGUUAGAUGCCCGGGAGAUUAAUGGUUUGCAAUUAUUGCAGGUUAAAAAUCCUUGGAGUAUGAAAAGAUGGACGGGACCAUAUAGCCAUUUGGAUGCAAUUAAUUGGACACCUGAGCUAAUGUCUUUGUUAAAGUAUGAUCGAUUACAAGCAAUUGACAAUGAUGACGAAAUAAAAAAUGAUACAGAGAAGUAUUCAGAAACUCGUAUCUUGUUAUCUAAACAUAUUAUGACCACUUGGGAUAUCAGAGAUUAUAUUACUCUUCAUUUAUAUGAUAAUUCUGAGGGAAAAAAGGUUUAUUACCCAGAUAAUCCUUGCAAAACGCUUCGUUUCAAUGCACCACCUGGAAUAAGUCGGUACACUAUUGUGGUCGACAUAGAUCAAGAAGUCGACAAAAAUCCAGAAAUGAAAUCCUUGGAGUUUACUUUAAAAUGCUAUUGCGAGUCACAAUUCAAAUUAACAGAAAUUCAAACAAAUUAUCCAAUUGAACAACAAGUAGAUGGUAAAUGGACCACACAAACUGCAGGAGGAAAUCCGAGUAAAAUCACAUAUUUAAACAAUCCACAAUAUCGCUUAUCUAUAACUCCGCCAAGUUGCAUCUCGCCCAUGGAAAAAAUACGGAUACAGCUUAUACUAAAAGGGCCGAAUGAGUAUGCAAUACAUGUUAAAUUAGUCCGGGGUAAUGCUGGCGAUUAUACUAUCGUUAUUUCAACAUUUGAAGCUGGUCUUGUUGGUGAUUAUGUUUUAACCGUUGCUUCGAACGAUAAAUUUAAUUUGAAUUCGAUACCCCUUGAAGGCGCAGUAAGUUUAUAUGAUAAGGUAUACAUAACUUAUAGAUGUUCUGACUAUUAA